CCCCCCAGCACGGGGCGGGGAGCGGGAGUGGGAGCCGGAGCCGCCCCCCCGCUGCUCGGCAGCCGCUGCGGCCCGGGUCCCCGAACCGAACCGGCGGCAGGGAGCCGGGGCCGCCCCCUUAGCGCUGGUGGCCGCGGCCCCUUCUCCCAGCGGCGAACCAACUGAAGAUGUCUCAGAAUCCUGACAAGCCACAUUCAAGUGAAGAAAAGUCAAGUGGUUUGGACGAUGGUCAAGAGGAGAGCUUAGACAACCCAGAUCAGUCUAUCAGAAAAAGAAUACGACAGAGUGCUCCAGGGUCGCACAGAGAUGAUACACCGAAGUCUAGUCCUCCUCGGCCUGUGUCAAUAGAAGAGCUCAUGGAAACAGCUAAGGGAGUAACCAACAUGGCAUUAGCACAUGAAAUUGUUGUUAAUGGAGACUUCCAGAUAAAACCAGCUGAAUUACCAGAACACAGCUUAGAAAAAAAAGUAAGGGAUAUUGUGCAUAAAGCUUUCUGGGAUUGUCUGGAAGCUCAGCUAAAGGAGGAUCCACCAACAUAUGACCAUGCAAUUAAACUAUUGGGAGAAAUUAAAGAGAAUCUCCUGUCUUUUUUAUUGCCUGGCCAUACUAGACUGAGAAACCAGAUUACAGAAGUUCUUGAUCUGGAUUUGAUAAAACAGGAAGCAGAGAAUGGGGCCCUUGACAUUUCUAAGUUGGUCGAAUUUGUUAUUGGGAUGAUGGGGACUCUCUGUGCUCCAGCUCGAGAUGAAGAAAUUAAGAAACUGAAAGAUAUUAAUGAAAUAGUUCCUCUGUUCAGAGCAAUUUUCUCUGUAUUAGACCUAAUGAAAAUGGAUAUGGCAAACUUCGCUGUCAGUAGUAUUAGGCCAAAAUUAAUGCAGCAGUCUGCUGAAUAUGAAAGAAAGAAGUUUCAGGAGUUUCUUGAGAAGCAGCCAAAUUCUUUAGACCUUGUCACAAGGUGGUUGCAAGAAGCAGCAGAUGAUCUUGCAAAGCUGAGAUGUAAAACGUUGCCUCCCCACUGCAGUGCUGAUGGUGCCACUGGUGGAGCUUCCCCCUUGUGCUCCACUGCUGUACAAAAUCAGGCCUAUCUGAAGCUCCUAAAGUGGGAUCAUGUAAACAGGCCUUUUCCAGAAACAGUGCUGAUGGACCAGACCCGUUUCCAGGAAAUACAGCUGGAGCUGGAGCAGCUCCUCCUGACCGGGACUAUCCUUCUGGUCACGUUCAGCGCAGCAGGCUCGGUGCUCGUUGAUGUGCCUGGAUUUGCUGAGAAAAUCAAAACCAUUGUCAAGGUGCUGCUCACCGGAAUGCAUCUUCCCUCCUUUAACCUGCAGGAGUCUUUGGCCACCAUCGGUGAAAAGGUGUGUGCUGAAGUUAACAGCUGCCUUUCCCAGCAUGGGUUCACACCGUUCUCAGCUGAGAGAGAGACGGGACUUAAAGGACAAAUCCAGGCAGUGGCCAAUCCGGGGAACACCAUAUGCAAGCUAAUAGAUUCUCGAAUUGAAAAGUUUCUGGAGAACUAUCUUGCAUCUAGUCAUCAGAAAUCAUUGCCUGCUGUUCCUGGAGGAUUAGGCCCUAUUCAAAGAGAGCUGGAAGAGAUUGCUGUCAAGUAUGUUCGUCUUGUCAACUACAACAAAAUGGUCUUCAGCCCUUACUAUGAUGCAGUCCUUGGCAAAAUACUGACUAAGGAAGAAUCCCAACUUGUAGGGAAGUCAGAAGAAUCAUAAAACCAGUUUGUAUGCUACCAAUACGGUAUUGUCAGCUAUUUUUAAAAAUUGCACCAAUAUUUGUCUAGGAAAACAGCUUUCCAUGUAAAUACUGGUUCCUUUUAAUUCACUAGUGAUGACUGAAAACACAUGAGGUGCAAAAGGGGUUCUGAAGUAAAUGAUGAGCGAGAGAUGCAUUUUUAAUGUAUGUAUGCAACCUGGGGAGGGAUGUCUUGGUAGUUUUCUGGCUGCAGUUUUUAGAUUUUUGAGCUGAUGCUAGGUAGGACAAGUUUAAGAACCAAACUUUGUAUUUAAGUGGCUCAUUUUAGGGCAUUUUACUCCAAUUUACCGUGAGUUUAGUUUAAUUAAUCCAGAGCAGAUAAGCAAUGGUCCUUCCCAGAAGGGGCAAUUUGGCUUUAAAAAAAAAUCUUACUUGAAAAACUUGAGAAGUCCUAGAUAGGAGGAACUUUAACAGGCAAAAAACCAAGCCAAACAGCACUUUAUUGUACCAUUAUGGUUAGUAUGGUAGGCUACUAGUUUUUUCUGCAUUUUACUGCAUUUUUAAUAGCAUUUUUUUGCUGUUUACCUGCAAAUGUUACAAAACACAUAAUAUAUUUUUGUAGCAAAUUUUCUGGUUAUUGGGUAACUGUCCUCUGCUAUGUACAGUACUUACAAAGGUGGCAAUCUUAUAGAUUGCAGCUGUAUUUAUCUCUUGUAAAGACUUCAGAAGGGCAGAGCUAAAAUGUUUUGAUAAAAGUGGCAUUUCUUACCUUUUUUUUUUUGCUAGUAGUUUACUCCUUUUUAUGUGAAAUACUAAUUUUAAAGUAAAUCCUUUGCAUUUUCAGAAGGUGGAUUUAAAGUGUGUGAAAUUUUAGGCUGAAAAUUUUACUUGUUUUUUUAAAACUACAACUGGCGAUGGUUGCAUAUUCAAUCAUGUCUUCAACAAUAUCCAGGAAGUGCAGAGCACUAUCGGAAGUAUAAGUGAUUUUAAUGUACUGUGAGAAGUGAAUGAUUUAAUGUUAGUUUGAGUAUACAGGGAAUAUUUUCAGUAGAAGAUUUUUUUCACUUUGUAGAGGCAUUCUCAAAACUUAAAAUAUUUGUAGGUUUUGAAUUUAUUUAGCUACGUGUUAUAUAGACAAAUGUUCACAGAAGAGCUCAAUGAUCUUACAACUUUAUUGCAAUUUCAGACUCAGCUAGGAGGUAAGUACAUUUGAAACUUUCCUCUAGUUGAGCACAGUGCUGUUUUACAGUAAUAAAAAUCUGAUGAUGAUUUUAUGAAAGCAAAGUUCAUAGUUGUAAACAGUGAGUGUCCCAAGUGCUAGACUACCCACAGUAGAAUGUGUUGGCUUCUUUUAAAAAUCCCAACCAGUUAUGUAAAAUAAAGGGCCCUUUUAUUGCCAACAUCCGCGUUCAUUUUAUUAAUCAACCAGUCAACCAAAAUAAUAGACCUUCUAGAAGGUCUGUCUUCCUUCUAGAAGGAAGCGGUUGAUUAUGAACCAGCGUUGAUGCUUCCCUUUCCAGUUUGCCUUUAAAUGUCAGUGUGGCUAUAGCUGCACUAACUUUGAGUUUGGAGGAAGGUGGGAUAAGUAAGACCUUUUAUUCUGUAUUAGCUUAUAAAACAAAACUUUUCUCAUUCAUUACAAACCCCCUUCCCUGAGGGAAAAAAAAAAAAACACCAAAAACCCAUAGGAGAUCACUGGCUCAGACAAGUGAUUUUUCUCUUGGCUAAAUGGAUUCAAAUAGUAAAAUGGACACCUGCCUUUGAAUCUUUCUUUGAUAACUCAGACACGAGUAGGUUGGCUAGCCAGAAAAAAAGACGUUCUGAGUGUUUUUGGUGUGGUCUAUUUCAUUGUUUGACUCGGCAAAGGAUACUACAGAGGUCUUCAAGAUUGCUGCAUCUGCUUACUGUACUUCGUUAUUAGCGCCAGAUCCACCUCAAAAUACAGCCUAUAGCUCUGCAGCUCCAAAAAAUGAAUUCAGUCAUCUGCGUAACAAAAGAGCUACCACUAACAUUAUUGAUAGAGAUAUAAAUGAAAGAAAUAACCAAGACAAAGCUGGUUUUGCUCUUGCUAAUUGAGAGUUGCAGAAGUUAUAAAUGGCUGCUGUUAUUUUAUAUUUCAGUAUUGCCUAGAAGCUGCCUUUAAAGGCCCCUGUGAAUUAUGCAUACUACUAAAAUUCAGGUGCUGUAGGGGAUGAUCUCAAGGAUGUGGGGAGGAACACCACCAUGGUGAAACAACAUACUCGGCAAAGUCUUUGAAAAGUACAUGACCGAUGCCAGAGUGAAUGGCACUGCGUUAUCAAUAGAUAAAACUGUAUGUGCUUAAUCUAGGAGAGGGCUGCUCCCAGUUCUGGAAUUCAGUGUCCGGACGUCCACGACGGCCAACUCCUCCCUGCUCUGCCAUCAAAGCAGGGAUUGUGCUGCCACUCGCGCAUGCGUGUUGCUCACAGGGCGCCUCAGUAAGCCCCGUCUCUCCUCGCAGUAGGGGUUUGAUCCUAAGGCUUCAUGUAGAAAGAAGUGCAGUACCCGCACGUGGCGCCAGUCUCACCGCGGGGGUACGCGCAGCGGGGACGAGUGCCUCCCUGGGUGGGUGGUGUAGGCCUUUCGGCAGUAAAGAUGUAAAGAGCCUGCAAUAAAUGCUGCAGUAAAUCACAUUAGUGAUUUUCCCAGGUUGACAAAUAGUUUGUCUACAUCCUCUGUAAAAGACAUAGCGAGAUACGAUGAAGUGAAGUGGCAAAGGAAAAAAGAAAUUCUAGGAUUGAUGAGGCCAGACCCUACCUCCGCGUGAACACUUAAAUGGUUAUACAUAGGCUGUUUCACCUUUCAGUCCGGUAGGUAGGAGCGCUGAUGUACAGCCAGCGACGCUGCAGGUGCUGGGCAGGGUGUUCAACUUGUCGGGGUAUCUGAAUUUCCUGUAGUCCACAGGGGUUCUUAAAGUCUUAUCAGAGUGCAGUUCUGAACGGUCAAUUACAGCUGAAGUAUGUACCGAAACUGCUUCGGGAGUUCAUGUAGUGUUUUGUUAGCUUGUUUGAAAAUAACAGGUUAAACUAUGUAGCUAAUAUAGUAACAUUUUGCUUUGUACAUUAAGUGGAAGACCAAUGCAGUUAUCCAGGAACAGACCGUGUUCGCUAAUGCUCCUGGACAAUCCACAAUAGAAAUAUGUACCAAGUUUGUCUUAUGAUGCUGUCUUCUUUAAACAGUCAUGGAAUUAAAAGCAAAAGUAUACUGUAUCCUCUAGAAAAAAAUGGAAAAAAGCUCAUUCUAAUAUGUAUGCUCUGAUCAAUUUCCUGUGAUGGUCUUAUUAACAUCGCUUUUGAAGUGGCUGAGUAAUAUUUAAGAAGUAACUUGUUGUGUUUGAAUAAAACCAGAAUGAGGCAUGA